GUCUUAGGUUUGCCACCUCACUCCCUCAGUCAGGCCUCCUGGCCUCCUUGUGCAUCCGUGGUGGCCUCCCCACCUUCCCUGUUCUCUUCGUGUCCUCCCCAUGCCCCAGACAUGAGUGGCCCCCUAGAAGGGGCUGAUGCGGGUGGGGACACCAGACCUGGGGAUGCCUUUUGCCCUGGAGGGUCCCCAUCCCCUGGGCCCCCGCAGCAUCGGCCUUGCCCAGGCCCUGGCCUGGCUGAUGACACGGAUGCCAACAGCAACGGUUCAAGCGGCAAUGAAUCCAAUGGUCCUGAGUCCAGGGGCGCAUCUCAGCGGAGCUCACAUAGCUCCUCCUCCGGCAAUGGCAAGGACUCAGCCCUGCUGGAAACCACUGAGAGCAGCAAGAGCACAAAUUCUCAGAGUCCAUCCCCACCUAGCAGUUCCAUUGCCUACAGCCUCCUGAGUGCCAGCUCGGAGCAGGACAACCCAUCUACGAGUGGCUGCAGCAGUGAACAGUCAGCGCGGGCGAGGACCCAGAAGGAACUCAUGAUGGCCCUGAGGGAGCUCAAGCUUCGACUGCCGCCAGAGCGCCGGGGCAAGGGCCGCUCUGGGACCCUGGCCACGCUGCAGUACGCACUGGCCUGUGUCAAGCAGGUGCAGGCCAACCAGGAAUACUACCAGCAGUGGAGCCUGGAGGAGGGCGAGCCGUGUGCCAUGGACAUGUCCACCUAUACUCUGGAGGAGCUGGAGCACAUCACGUCUGAGUACACGCUUCGCAACCAGGAUACCUUCUCGGUGGCUGUCUCCUUCUUGACGGGUCGCAUUGUCUACAUUUCGGAGCAGGCAGGUGUCCUGCUGCGUUGCAAGCAGGAUGUGUUCCGGGGUGCCCGCUUCUCAGAGCUCCUGGCACCCCAGGAUGUGGGUGUCUUCUAUGGUUCUACUGUCCCAUCUCGCCUGCCCACCUGGGGCACUGGGGCCUCGGCAGGUUCAGGCCUCAAGGACUUUACCCAGGAAAAGUCUGUCUUUUGUCGCAUCAGUGGAGGUCCUGACCGGGACCCAGGCCCUCGGUACCAGCCAUUCCGUCUUACUCCGUAUGUGACCAAGAUCCGCGUCUCGGAGGGCGCCCCUGCGCAGCCGUGCUGCCUGCUCAUUGCAGAGCGUGUCCACUCGGGCUACGAAGCUCCCCGGAUCCCUCCUGAAAAAAGAAUUUUCACCACUCGGCACACACCCAGCUGCCUCUUCCAGGAUGUGGAUGAGAGGGCUGCCCCACUGCUGGGCUACCUACCCCAGGACCUCCUCGGGGCCCCUGUGCUUCUGUUUUUACAUCCUGAGGACCGACCCCUCAUGCUCGCCAUCCACAAGAAGAUUCUCCAGCUGGCAGGCCAGCCCUUUGACCACUCCCCUAUUCGCUUCUGUGCCCGUAAUGGGGAGUACGUCACCAUGGACACCAGCUGGGCCGGCUUCGUGCACCCCUGGAGCCGCAAGGUGGCCUUUGUGUUAGGCCGUCACAAAGUGCGCACGGCACCUCUGAAUGAAGACGUGUUCACUCCCCCGGCCCCCAGCCCAGCUCUGUCCCUGGACCCUGAUAUCCAGGAGCUAUCAGAGCAAAUCCACCGCCUGCUAUUGCAGCCUGUGCAUAGCUCCAGCCCCACGGGGCUCUGUGGAGUUGGCCCUGUGACUUCCCCAGGACCUCUCCUCAGCCCUGGCUCCUCCAGUGAUAGCAAUGGGGGUGACGCUGAGGGGCCUGGGCCUCCUGCCCCGGUGACCUUCCAGCAGAUCUGUAAGGACGUGCAUCUGGUGAAGCAUCAGGGGCAGCAGCUUUUUAUUGAAUCUCGGGCCCGGCCUCCACCCCGGCCUCGCCUCCCUGCUAUAGGCACGUUCAAGGCCAAGACCCUCCCCUGCCAGUCCCCAGGGCCAGAGCUGGAGGGAGCUCCUGCCCCAGUCCAUGUCCCAGUAGCCUUGGCCCCUGAGGAAGCUGAGAGGAAGGAAACCUCCACGUGCUCCUACCAGCAGAUUAACUGCCUGGACAGCAUCCUCAGGUACCUGGAGAGCUGCAACAUCCCCAGCACAGCCAAGCGCAAGUGUGCCUCCUCCUCCUCCUGUACUGCCUCCUCUGCCUCCGAUGAUGACAGGCAGAGACCAGGUCCCGUCCCUGCGGGGGCCAGAAAAGAUCCAUCGGCGGCGGCACUGCUGUCUGGGGAGGGGGCCGCCCCACGGAAGGAGCCGGUGGUGGGAGGCACCCUGAGCCCGCUCGCCCUGGCCAAUAAGGCGGAGAGUGUGGUGUCCGUCACCAGUCAGUGUAGCUUCAGCUCCACCAUCGUCCAUGUGGGAGACAAGAAGCCCCCGGAGUCGGACAUCAUCAUGAUGGAGGAUCUGCCUAGCCUGGCCCCGGGCCCGGCCCCUAGCCCGGCCCCCAGUCCCUCGGUAGUCCCUGACCCGGUCCCAGAUGCCUACCGCCCAGUGGGCCUGACCAAGGCCGUGCUGUCCCUGCACACACAGAAGGAGGAGCAGGCCUUCCUCAGCCGCUUCCGGGACCUUGGCAAGCUGCGUGUGCUCAAUGGCUCCUCCAUGGCACCAUCAGCCCCUGGCGAGCGAGGCUGCCACCAUGGCCCCGUAGCCCCUGGCCGUCGACACCAUUGCCGAUCCAAAGCCAAGCGCUCACGCCACCACCAGGCCUCCCGGCCUCAAGCCCCUUACGCCUCCCAUCCCUCACCUGUUCCAUCGUCUGCCCCUUGGCCACCCCCACCAGCUACUGCCCCCUUCUCAGCUGUGGUCCAACCGUACCCCCUGUCAGUAUUCUCCCCCCGAGGAGGCCCUCCACCUCUGCCCUCUGCCCCCACCUCUGUGCCCCCUGCAGCGUUCCCUGCACCCCUGGUGACUCCAAUGGUGGCCUUGGUGCUCCCUAACUAUCUAUUCCCUACUUCCGCUAGCUAUCCCUAUGGGGUACCCCAGGCCCCCGCUGAGGGGCCUACUACCCCUGCCUCCCACUCCCCUUCUCCGUCCCUGCCCCCACUGCCCCCCAGCCCUCCCCACCGUCCGGACUCGCCACUUUUCAACUCGAGAUGCAGCUCCCCUCUCCAGCUAAAUUUGCUGCAGCUUGAGGAGCCCCCUCGUGCUGAGGGGGGUGCGGUUGCUGGGGGCCCUGGGAGCAGUGCCGGGCCCCCACCUCCCAAUGAGGUUUCCGAGCCAGAGACCAGACUGGCGGAGGUGACCGAGUCCUCCAAUCAGGAUGCACUGUCGGGCUCCAGUGACCUGCUAGAGCUGCUGCUGCAAGAGGACUCGCGCUCCGGCACGGGCUCUGCCGCUUCAGGCUCCCUGGGCUCUGGCUUGGGCUCUGGGUCUGGUUCGGGCUCCCACGAGGGGGGCAGCACGUCGGCCAGCAUCACUCGCAGCAGUCAGAGCAGCCACACAAGCAAGUACUUCGGCAGCAUAGACUCUUCUGAAGCGGAGGCUGGGUCGGCCCAGGCCAGGCCUGAGCCCGGGGACCAGGUCAUGAAGUAUGUGCUCCAGGAUCCUAUCUGGUUGCUCAUGGCCAACGCUGACCAGCAUGUCAUGAUGACCUAUCAGGUGCCCUCCAGGGAUGUGGCCUCUGUGCUGAAGCAGGACCGAGCACGGCUCCGGGCCAUGCAGAAGCAGCAACCUCGGUUCUCGGAGGACCAGCGGAGGGAACUGGGUGCUGUGCACUCCUGGGUCCGGAAGGGCCAGCUGCCUCGAGCCCUUGAUGUGCUGGCUUGUGUGGACUGUGGUAGCAGCACCCGAGACUUCGGCCACUCUGAUGACCCACUCUUUUCGGAGCUGGAUGUACUGGGGCUGGAGCCCAUGGAAGAGGGUGGAGGCGAGGGUGGUGGUGGUGAGGAUGGAGGAGGGGAGGGGGAGGGGGGAGGGGAGUCUGGGUCCCAAGCUGGGGCCAGGCUCUCAUGCUCUCAGGACUUGGCCAUGGAGGAGGAGGAACAAGGUGAGAGCUCAUCCAGUCCAGCCUUACCUGCCCAGGAAAAUGGCACCAGCUAG